CGGUUGGGGGUCGUGGCAUUAAAAAGGUUGAGAACCACUGAGUUAGAGUAACUAUUUUGGUGUGAGGGGAACAAUCAAUGUUGACUUUGGGAAGGGAGUGGGUGCUUAGUUUGUCACCUCUGCCAAUCCAUACCAAGAAAGAGGGGGCCUAGGACUACCAUACAAAUGCUGGGUAGUAGAAAGAUCCUUUUAGCUCCAAUUCAGUCUACUAAGCCAAACCUGGGUAUCUGUGAAAUCUCUCUGUUCACGUCCGUUAGGCGGAAAUAUUGCCUCUAUUUGAAGCUGGUUCUGCCAUACUUGGUAAGAAUUGUGAGUUUAUUGCUUCAGAGCAAUUUUCUCCAUUGUGGGCUUCAACAUCCAGCCCUAUACAACUGGGGGUUUUAGAAGUUGGAGACAGCCACACUCGGAGGCCCCCUUUGCUCAAGGCUGCAACAAGCUAGCAGCAACCAUCUCUGGAUUGUGAAACACCUCUGGAAGGUUGAGGUGAACAGAGGAAUGUCUUCUGAGACUAGCCGAAGAAUCCUUUGCACACAGGGCUUUUUCUGUGGGCAUUUCAGAAGAUGGGAGAGAAUGGCUCCUUGGAAGUUCUCAUCCUGAUGAGGAAUGUCUGAAAGUCGAGAGAAAGUCCCCCAGCCUCACCAAAAUUUCUCUCAACAUUCCUCAGAUGUUUGAACUAAGAACCUGAAGACUUUAGACAGGGAUAGCCCUAUAGAUGGGAGACUCAAAUCCUCUCUCCUUUGUCACUCGAUAGGUUUUUUGAUACUUGCUCACAUGUUGUAUCCCAAAUCACAUUUUAAUUCAUCAGGUCCACUUGCUGUGCUGUUGGCAGGUCUCCAAAGCUUCUGGGCAUCAAGACUAUCCCAGUUCUGUCUGGUGUUGCCAAGGGCUGAGCCCCAGGCCUUUCAGUGCCCAGAAAUGGCUCUGCAUAGAUUUUGAAAUGUUACCAGCUAUUCUAUACCUUCUUUGCACAACCAUCUGGAAAAUGUUUGUGUUGUUAUACUGAGGUCGCUCCUUGCAGCAAAGGCUUUUUAACAAAGAUUUUCUGCCUAAUCUGGAUUGCAGAUUGCACCAGAUUGCAGAACAGCGUGACCGAAGUUUGAACCAGGCACCUGGGUGCGAAGAAGGGCCUUUCGCUCAAAAAGCGCUCAAAAAGCGGGGACUGACCAGCAAGUCAAAAUGUGAGAGAAGCGAUGCAAAGCACACUUAGGACCCCCUGGAUUCAGGCUGCAGUUCCCAGAGAUGGAAAUGUUACCCUUCCUAGCUUAUAACACACAACCCAUCAGGACUGUGACCUUCCCUGUAUUGGCCAAGGCAGGUGGAUCAAGGCUAAGCAACAUAUUGUGGGGAUGUGCUUGUAGACCAUUUGCAGCUUGCAAUUCCAACAUGUUUUUCUGGAAAUUAACACUUUGGAGGGGGCAGGUAGAAGUGUUGUGAAGUCCUGCAUCAGUUGCCUCUCUUGAAGAAUUCUGGCUGUCUGAAUGAAAACAGGAGCGCUCCCGUCUGUCUGGCUAAGGCUGUGUGGAUGCCCACAGGCCCUCUGAAGGUGCCACAAAGACAAGGUGCCACCUUGCAACCCCAGAAUGUUGCCCUUUUGAUCUAAGCCUGGGCGGAAGUGAUGCCCCUCGGACAGAGGCUGAGUGUGCUGCCUUCAGGGGGCUUGACUGGCGACGGAAGACCGGGGGGGGGGCGCCCUUUGGACAACCCUUUGGUGGGGUUCACGCAGCAGGCAACUCUUAAGUCGUUUGCUUGGCUUCAGGUGAGGGUGGCCUGUGAAGUCACCGGUUUGGGCUUAGUGCGAUGUGUGAAUCCGGCAAUGGUAGCUUAUCAAGCGCUUGGUGCCCUCAGACCGACCUUGAACCAACUCAAGCUUGCUGCUGUGGCCCUGGAGGGAGACAGUCCAAGGGUCGGGGGCUCUGGAACUAAUUUAGGGGAGAGUAGAUUUGUAGGAAGCGGCAGCUGAUUGCUCUUCCCAAGGCUGUUCAACAGGCCACCCUCUCCGGUUGGGGCUCUUGUAGUCCGGCCCAGAAGGCAAAAGUCUCUGGCAGCCUCGCCCUUCCUCCUUCCAAACUGGCCCGUGAGGGAAAGGAGUGGAGCCUUCCUCCUCUCCCUUGCCGGCCCAUGAAAAGCUCCGGAGGUGACCAGGGCAGCCUUCGGGGCUCUGCCCUCACAAGGCCGUGGCCGGUGUGGCUUCUCUGACCUCCAUCAUUGGAGAGGCCUGCAUCUCAUGGGCAGAACCCCCAAUUCUGGAUCUCCUUGCUGGAGCCGCCUUCUUCCUCUCAAGGUGGGCCGGGCCGCAUCGGAGGCCGUUGCCCGACUCCCCCGUCGCGGGAAACCAACCCCCCCUCGCCGGCAGCUCUUCAUGCCGGGCGUUCGGCAGGCCGGUGCCAGGCCUGGCCUGGCGCCAAAUGCCGGGCACGGACCGCGCGGCGCAGGCCUAGCUGAGCGAGCCUCGGGAGGGGGCGGGCCUGGGCCGGCUCCGAGGGGAGCCCUUCGGGGAGCAGCGGCGGGGCAGCGGCCGGGCCUGGCUGCUGCCCUUGUCCCCGCCGCCGGAGCCCUCCAGCCCGCGCUGCCCGAGUCACAUGCUGGGUGUCGCCGGCUGGAUGGGCUUUAACCCUUCGCGGCCCGGGCUCCUCCCCCCCGUUCCGGCGAGCCACAGUAAUGAAGGCCCGGGCAGGCCCGGGAAGAGCAGGGCGCCCCCCCUCCCGGCGCCCUUGACCAUGGAGGCCUCGUCCCGAAGCAAGAUGUUCAUCGGGGGACUGAGCUGGCAGACGACGCAAGAAGGCUUGCGGGAGUACUUCAGCCAGUUCGGCGAGGUGAAGGAGUGCCUGGUGAUGAGGGACCCGCUGACCAAGCGAUCCAGGGGCUUCGGGUUUGUCACCUUCAUGGACCAGGCCGGGGUGGACAAGGUGCUGGCCCAAUCCAGGCACGAGCUGGACUCCAAAACGAUUGACCCAAAGGUUGCCUUCCCUCGCAGAGCACAGCCUAAGAUGGUAACACGGACUAAGAAAAUAUUUGUAGGCGGCUUGUCUGUGAACACCACCGUGGAAGAUGUAAAACAAUACUUCGAGCAGUUUGGGAAGGUGGACGAUGCCAUGCUGAUGUUUGACAAGACAACUAAUCGGCACCGAGGCUUUGGGUUUGUCACCUUCGAAAGCGAAGACAUCGUGGAGAAAGUCUGCGAGAUUCACUUCCAUGAGAUCAACAACAAAAUGGUGGAAUGUAAAAAAGCUCAGCCAAAGGAAGUGAUGUCGCCCACCGGCUCCGCCAGGGGACGCUCCCGCGUGAUGCCCUACGGAAUGGACGCCUUCAUGCUGGGCAUUGGCAUGUUGGGAUACCCGGGUUUCCAGGCAGCCACCUACACAAGCCGGAGCUACACCAGCAUUGCACCUGGGUAUACCUACCAGUUUCCCGAAUUCCGGGUAGAACGGACCCCCCUUCCGAGUGCCCCUGUUCUCUCUGAGCUUACAGCCAUACCCCUCACUGCUUAUGGACCAAUGGCGGCAGCAGCAGCGGCGGCCGUGGUACGAGGGACAGUGUUGCUUCCUCCGGUAGGUUCCACCCCCAGCCGCACUGGCGGCUUCCUGGGCACCACCAGCCCCGGGCCGAUGGCUGAGCUUUAUGGAGCAGCCAAUCAGGAUUCAGGAGUCAGCAGUUACAUCAGUGCGGCGAGUCCCGCCCCCAGCACCGGCUUCGGCCACAGCCUAGGGGGGCCUUUGAUUGCAACGGCAUUUACUAACGGUUACCAUUGAAGCUGAGGACCAAGAAAACAGAUGAUUCCCCAGUGAGCACCCCCAGGAGAGUGAGCUGGAGGACUCAGCAGACCCGGAGGGAUGAGCCAAGGUUUCAUUUUCAUUCAAAAACUGCACACUUGUGGCUGUUAGCUGGGCUCCGGCCAGCCCCCCCCCCUCCCGCUGGCCAGAAAGCACUGGAGUGGGAGGCAAGGAGGUGCGCUCCUCCGUCUCCUCUGCUACUAACCACAGACCGUUUACACUUCUCCCAAGCCUCUGACCCACUGCUUCUACUUUUAUUUAUUUUCUUAGCCUGUUAGUUCUUGU